UUCUUGUCAAAUUGGGGCAAAUAACAAAGAUAUUAAAACCCUUCUUCGGUUUCUCACUUUCUCCUAACCAAAUCCCAAAUUUUUCUCCCUUUUAUUUUUUUGUAUCUUAAAAACCCCAAAAUUAUUUGCAAACCCAUCAAAUUAUUCCAAACUCCAGCAAUAAAAGCACUCGAUUCAUAUCCAUAUCCACCAUUCCUUGUCUGAAUUGGUAAAACAAGAAAGGCAAGAAAGAGGAAAGAGGAAAGAAGAAGAAGAAGAAGGCUCAUGAAAUGGGUUCUUGUUGUUCAAUUCCUUCCAAAACACGUCUCCACAGCCAUGCCACAACGAACGGCCACAGCAAUGGAACAGAUUUCUCAUCGAUGACGUCCACCACCGGCGCGACGACAAGCAGCAGCAUCGGACGACGGAGCCAAUUUUCUGGAGCGGCGAGCGAGUGUUCCGCUGGGAAAAUCAGUGAUUCCGGUCUGCUCCUGGAAUCGCCGAAUCUCAAAGUGUACACCUUUCUGGAUCUAAAGACUGCGACGAAGAAUUUUAAACCGGAGUCGAUGUUGGGUCAAGGAGGGUUCGGGAAAGUUUACAGAGGAUGGGUCGAUGCCAAGACUCUUGCCCCUUCUAAUCCUAAAUCUGGUUCUGGUAUGAUCGUAGCCAUCAAGCGAUUGAAUUCAGAGAGUGUUCAAGGAUUUGCAGAGUGGCGAUCAGAAGUUAACUUCUUGGGAAUGCUUUCACACCCAAACCUGGUGAAGUUAUUAGGAUACUGUCGUGAAGACAAAGAGCUUCUGCUAGUCUACGAGUUCAUGCCUAGAGGAAGUCUAGAGAAUCAUCUUUUCCGACGAAAUGAGCCUUUUCCUUGGGACUUAAGGAUCAAGAUUGCUAUCGGUGCAGCUCGUGGCCUCGCGUUUCUACACGGCUUACAAAGAGAAGUCAUCUAUAGAGAUUUCAAAGCAUCCAAUAUACUUCUCGAUUCGAACUAUGACGCAAAGAUUUCAGAUUUCGGAUUAGCAAAGCUAGGACCAGCAGACGAGAAGUCACACGUUACGACCAGGAUCAUGGGCACAUAUGGUUAUGCUGCUCCUGAAUAUAUGGCAACAGGGCAUUUAUAUGUGAAGAGUGAUGUAUACGCAUUUGGAGUGGUACUACUAGAAGUGAUGACCGGACAAAAAGCGCACAACACAAAAAGGCCGAGGGGUCAAGAGAGUCUAGUCGACUGGUUAGGACCAGAACUCUCAAGCAAACAUAGAGUGAAACAAAUAAUGGAUAAAGGCAUUAAAGGUCAAUACACUACCAAAGCGGCGACAGAAAUGGCACGCAUCACACUCGCUUGUAUCGAACCCGAUCCAAAAAACCGACCGCACAUGAAGGAAGUGGUUGAAGUCCUAGAAAACAUCCGAAAACUUAAUGUUGUCACUGACCGUUCUUCCACUAAACAGGCUGUUGCUAGCACGUCACGUUCUUCACCACUUCACUAUCAAUACGGAUAUAGAGCUGGGGCACUUGGGGCUGAACGGAGGAGAGCGGCGCCUGGACGGCUUGGAGUAGAAAAAUGAAUAGUUGUUUGAUAUAUCUAAUUUUUUCCAGCGGAAUGCAAUGGUAUAAGUUUUUUUUUUUGGUUUACCUAUGAUUAAAUCAUUUCUUGUCAUAUUAUGUGUGGUUUUUAUAAUACUUACAUUUUUUAGAUAUAUUUUUCACAUUCUUUA